AAUUAUGUUUUCAUCUGAUCAUUUAAUAGUAAUUCUUAUGACACUGUUGACCACUGGUCAAGUUGAAUGUUGAUUAACUCUUAUUUUCCUCUAAUCAUUUAAAUUUAAUCUCCUGAUUAUAUUUAAAGUUGAUUAACAAAUACUUGUAUUGUUUGGAUACUAAAUGGUUUGUUUAGUUUUGACUCUUAAUUGUGUUUUAUAAUUUUCACGACUAAUUAUCGGUGAGUUAAUUAUGCCAUGGUUAUUGUAUCACACUGAUGAAUUAACUGAUAUUGUUCAAACUCAACGGAGCACAAUUAAGAUAAUUAAAAGAAAAGGUGACGAUGAAUUUAAUCGUAACCUAAACAACGAAGUGUUCAACGCUUUAUUUGACGAUGAAGACGAUGAACUUAAAGGCGAUGGUUUUGAGCGGUGGCGAUUUAAUUGUCAUAACGUUUCCAUGGUUGGAUUAACGACGAAAAGUGAAUUCGCUAAAGGUCAUAAACUUCGGGCUUUCUCAUUUUUUUCACUGGGUAAAUUCGGGGACGGAAGUUACACCCCUGUAAAUUCAGAGGUGGACAAUAUGUUCAACAUUAAAACCUCACUGACCACUGCUGAUUACGGUUCACCCUGGCCAGAGGUCACGGAGAUUUUAUUGAUUAUCCACCGAUCAUCAGAUUCUUUCAAAUUAUCGGCCGUUCAAGAUAAAAGGUCACUCGGUUUAGCUUAUGAUUUAGACUUACCGAUUAGCGAGAAACUUUAUCCGGUUGUCCGAUUCUCUAAGCCCGGUGAGGUUUCCGUCUUCAAGAUGGACAUACACCUAAAUGAACCAAGUUUGACCCAACGAGAUCCCGAAAUAUUUAACGGUCAACAAGGAUUCUGGUCAAUCACUCAGUAUGGUCAUCGGAAAACAGUUAAACCUUAUCCAGUUCGAUUAUUUAAACUGGACAAUGAUCAAUUUGAUCUUCAUGUCAAAGUGAACGAUAUUAUUUCAGCUCGAUUGACACAAUCGCCUGUCGGCUAUCGAGUCGAUAAAACUUUCAAAAACUCGAGUCCCGGAGAUGCGAACAUAAUUAAAGAUGAAUACUUUAUAUUAGAAUGUAUCGCCUCCAUUAGCGAUAUUAAAUUCGGUAAAGAUGAGAAUACCCUGAUAAUGGAAAACACUCGAGGUAAUAUGGUUCUAAAAAGAUUCUGCCCACCCGCUCCUGAACCAAUUCGAUCUUGUCCACUUCGACGAUUGAUCAUGUUCCAAGUUCGAUCAUCAGAAAAAGGAAAUUGUUGUGAUACCGUUUGAAAGUUUUUCUCGAAUAAAAAAGUUUUCCAAUGGACAUGAAUUUCUUUCGAUUGGUACAAAUUGUUGUUCAAACAAAUUUCGAACUAAAGAAGAAAAAUCGAAAUUCUUUUUCUCUCUCAGAUUCUCCCUUAAUCAUUUUCUCUCUCAAUAGAGGGUAUUAGUUGCUAUUAGAAAGAGAGAAAAGAAA